AUGAAGAAGCAGAGUAAGAAGGAGGCAGCCCCACACUGUGAGCUAAAAUCCUAUUCUAUGAAUUCAGACACUCAGGUAUCCUCCAUAGUAUUGGGUCCUGCACCUUCUGUUCAGAUACCUGUUGCAGAUGAAGAUGCUUUUGGAGACCAUGGGGACUCUGCCAGUCUUGGUGCCAUCAACCCUGCCUACAGUAAUUCCUCAGUUCCUCAGUCCUCCGGGGGCCUCUCAGAGGAGCCCUUCACCACCUACCUGGAUGAGAAUCAUGCUGUUCCUGAGGAGAAGUACUCUUGUUUUAGCUUUCGUAAACUCUGGGUCUUCACAGGACCAGGACUUCUUAUGAGCGUUGUGGAUCCAGGAAACAUUGAGUGUGAUUUGCAAUCUGGAGCACUGGCUGGAUUUAAGCUGCUGUGGGUUCUUCUGUUGGCCACCAUUGUCGGGGUCCUGCUCCAAACGCUUGCAGCUAGGCUGGGAGUGGUCACCGGGCUUCAUCUUGCUGAAGUGUGUUACCGUCAGUAUCCUAGGGUUCCACGAAUCCUUCUGUGGCUGAUGGUGGAGUUGGCUAUCAUUGGCGUAGAUAUGCAAGAAGUUAUUGGCUCAGCUAUUGCCAUCAAUCUCCUGUCUGCAGGAAGGAUUCCACUAUGGGGUGGAGUUCUCAUCACCAUUGCAGAUACACUUGCAUUUCUUUUUUUGGACAACUAUGGUUUGCGAAAGCUAGAAGCAUUUUUUGGUUUUAUCUUCACUGUUAUGGCCCUCACAUUUGGCUAUGAGUAUGUUACAGUGAAACCCAGCCAGACCCAGGUCCUCAAAGGCAUGUUCCUGCCAUCCUGUUCAGACUGUCGUACCCCACAGAUCACGCAGGCUGUGGCCAUUGUGGGCGCCAUCGUCAUGCCACACAACAUAUACCUGCAUUCUGCCUUAGUUAAGUCCAGACAUAUAGACCGAGCCAAAAGGCAGGAAGUUCGAGAAGCCAAUAAGUACUUCUUCAUUGAUUCCUGCAUCGCUCUCUUUGUUUCCUUUAUCAUCAACACGUGUGUCAUCUCGGUGUUUGCCGAAGCAUUUUUUGAGAAAACCAACCAGCAGGUGGUUGCGGUCUGUAAAAACAGCAGCAGUCCCCAUACUCACCUUUUCCCAGACGAUAACUCAACACUGGCUGUGGACAUCUACAAAGGGGGUGUUGUGCUGGGGUGUUACUUCGGGCCUGCCGCUCUCUACAUCUGGGCGGUGGGGAUCCUGGCUGCGGGGCAGAGCUCCACCAUGACAGGAACCUAUUCCGGCCAGUUUGUCAUGGAGGGAUUCCUGAACCUAAAGUGGUCACGCUUUGCCCGAGUGAUUCUUACCCGCUGUAUUGCCAUCAUCCCCGCUCUGCUUGUGGCCGUCUUCCAAGACGUGGAGCAUCUAACAGGGUUGAAUGACAUCCUGAAUGUUCUUCAGAGCUUACAACUUCCCUUUGCUCUCAUACCCAUCCUAACAUAUACGAGCUUGCCACCAGUCAUGAGCGAAUUUGCCAAUGGACUAGGCCUGAGGAUCGUGGGCGGUAUCGUGGUCCUCAUCAUCUGUUCCAUCAACAUGUACUUUGUCGUGGUUUAUGUCCAGGAUGUAGGGCAUAUGAUAUUGUAUGUGGUGGCUGCAGUGGUCAGCGUAGCUUAUCUGAGCUUUGUGUUUUACUUGGGUUGGCAGUGUUUCAUUGCACUGGGCAUGUCCUUCCUGGACUCUGGACACACACGGUAAGCAUCUCUGAAGUCCUGCUGACCGAAGAUGCUCUCCAUGGCUACACUAGGUAAACACUGUCUGCAGGUACCAUCAGACAGUGUUUCUAUGGUUUACUGUGUGAACAUAGCCAGACGUAUG